CGAAGUAUUGAAAAAUAAUAACUGAACUUUUAAUGUUUUUUGAGUGUGUUAAAAGAUUAAUUUUUACAAAAUCAUCAAUAUUUUUGGGACUUCGCAAUUUUAUAAUUUUGUUUUGUUAUAGUUUUGGGUAAUUUUCAUAUAAGUGUGAUGGCGCGCCAUGCUAAUAUUGCCACUCAAAGUCAAGCCUCUAGUAUUUGGGGCCAAACUCAGAGUCAACCCAUAGAGAAUAUAAUCUGGGGACGUUUGUAUGGAAAGAAUAUCAAAAUGAAUUCUAUAGAUCUAAAUGCCGAUGAAUUUGCAGCUGGCAGAGGUGAAACUUGUAAUUUAAUGUUAACUUUGGACUAUUUGCCAGAAAAAAUUCUUUAUCGCAUAUCGAAGAUACAUUUUACAUUGAAGCGGGAAAAUUGUGAUAUAUCUAAUCCAGUUUAUAUUGAAGACAACUCUCGAAAUGGGACAUUUAUUAAUGGUGAACGAAUUGGUAUGAACAAAACCAGAAUUUUGAAAAACGAUGAUGUUAUUUCUCUUUGUCAUCCUACGAACAAAGCUUUUGUAUUCAAAGAUUUAUGCCCAAACGAAGCACUAGGCUUACCAAAAGAAAUUACAUCCACUUAUUAUGUGAGUCGCAAAUUGGGUUCUGGUGCUUGUGGGUUAGUUCGUUUGGUAUUUGAUAUACGUUCAUGUGAGCAGUUUGCAAUGAAAAUGGUUAAGAAAAACCUACUAAGCGAAUGUAAUGCUAUCAGUCGUAACAAACAAUUAAAUUCCAAUGACCCUGAAAAGGUUCUUAAUGAAGCGAAUAUAAUGAAGAGUCUUUCUCAUCCCUGCGUUAUCAAGAUGCAUGAUAUAAUUGAUAAACCCGACUCUGUUUAUAUGGUGUUGGAAUUUAUGAAGGGGGGCGAUUUACUGAAUCGCAUUAUAACAAACAGAAAUCUCUCAGAACCGAUAUCCAAGUUAUUUUUCUACCAAAUGUGCCAUGCUGUUAAAUAUUUGCAUGAUAAAGGCAUAAGUCAUCGGGAUUUAAAACCUGACAAUGUAUUACUGGAAUCUUCGAACGAGGAAACUUUAUUAAAAGUUUCCGAUUUUGGUCUAAGUAAAUUUGUGCAGAAUGAUUCUGUCAUGAAAACGUUGUGUGGAACACCAUUAUAUGUAGCACCUGAAGUGCUACAAACCGGUGGACGAGGGGCUUAUACGAAAAAAGUGGAUAUCUGGAGCCUUGGUGUUGUUCUGUUUACUUGCCUAAGCGGUACAUUGCCUUUUUCGGACGAUUUUGGUACACCCGCUAGUGAACAAAUAAAGCACGGGCGUUUUCGCUUUAGUCAUCCUACGUGGAAAAAGGUUUCUCAACGUGCUACUACACUUAUAAAAGAAAUGCUGAUUGUGGACCCUAAAAAACGGCCAACGGUUGAUGAUGUUCUGAAGAGCAGUUGGCUUAAAGACAAUGAAAUGUUACGUAAAGCUAAAGCGUUAAUGCAGUUAAAUACAAUGGAUAUUGAUGAGGAAGAGGAAAACUUUUUACAACCACCUAAAAAGCGGGCAAGAAGAUGAAUUGUUAUGUUCUAACUAUUGUGCUUUAGGUAUAUUAUAUUUGUUCAAGCAAGUGUAUUUUAUGAACUGUUUUCAGUGUAAUCUGUGUAUCACAGAAUUAAUUACUUCUUAUAUUAUUGUCUAAGAAAAAUGUAUUUUAAUUUUAUUGUUUAAAAUAAGAUCAACGAAAAAUAAUGCUGUAUACGGCAAAUGAUACUUUAAUUCUUGAUAUUAUUUGAAAUACUUAACUUGACAGCAUGAGUUUUUUGAUAUUACUUAUUGCACCAUAUAUAUAAGAAAAAAAGUAUGAAAAUGGUUAUUUUUUUGUUAAAUAUUAUUAAUAUGUGUUUUUUUGUGUUUCGUUAAUACUUUACACUGUAUACAUAAAUUUAGCCUGAACAAUAUUAUAUGUGUGUUCAAGAAAAUGUUCAGAAAACAUGUCAAUCCUGCAGUUGCUAUGAGUGUAAAACUAUACACAUACAUACAAUGUGGCUAAAUGUACAAUAUAGGUAUACUUAUAGGUAAUUGCUCAAUUUCAUUAAUAUUUAACAUAAGAUACGCAGAUAUAACGUGAUAAUGUGACCUGUGUGCCAAAUAUAUCCAUUAAUGUUUAUACACACACAACUUUUUGGCAUUUCUUGAUAUACAAUAUUUACAUUUAUAAUAUUCAAAUAUAGAUGUUGUUGAUAUAUAAAACAGAACUAAUUAAUUAAUAAAUGAAAGUGACUAAAUUUUUCACA